AUGUGGGGAGGUAAGGUCCAGUUCCCUGGGGUCAUUGAUUUGGAUGGGAGUGUCGGUGGCUUAUGUGAAUACAGAGGCAGCCUCCUGGCUGGGCAUGGUUUCGCUGUGCUUGCUCUGGCUUAUUUCCGAUUUGAAGACCUCCCUGAAUAUUUGAGCGAUGUAUGCCUGGAGUACUUUGAAGAAGCCUUGGCCUUUAUGCUACACCAUCCCCAGGUGAAAGGCCCAAAUAUUGGGCUUCUUGGUGUCUCCAAAGGUGGUGAUCUGUGCCUCUCAAUGGCUGCUUUCCUGAAGGACAACAUCACAGCCACUGUCCUUAUAAAUGCCUGUGUGGCCAACACAUUAGUCCCUCUGUAUUACAAGGAUCUGUUUGUUCCUAGUCUUGGGUAUGACCAAACCAAAAUGAAGAUCAUGGAGUCAGGCCUUUUGGAUUUGAGGGAUAUUUGGAACAAUCCACUGGAGGAACCCAACCACCAAAGUCUUAUUCCGUUGGAAAAGGCCCAGGGGCUGUUCCUGUUUAUUGUAGGCAUGGACGAUCAUAACUGGAAGAGUGACCUCUAUGCUUGUAUAGCCUGUGGACAUCUACAGGCCCAUGGAAAAGACAGACCCCAGAUAAUCUACUAUCCGGAAACUGGUCUUUGUAUUGAUCCACCCUAUUUUCCUCCUCCUAUAGCCUGCUGA